AUGUCCUUGAAGCAGUUCCUGAGCUGCUUUCCUUUUCAACAGGAGGAAACAAUCUUUCUUUCUUUGGUUUGUAUACAGGUUCUAGUCAAUACUGCUUGCUGUGUUUUGAUGUUGAUGGCUAAGCUGAUCCAAUGUAUUGUGUUCGGCCCUCUUCGAGUGAGCGAGAGACAGCACCUCAAAGACAAGUUUUGGAAUUUUAUUUUCUACAAGUUCAUUUUCAUUUUCGGUGUGCUGAAUGUCCAGACAGUAGGAGAGGUGGUCAUGUGGUGCCUCUGGUUUGCUGGACUUGUAUUUCUGCAUCUGAUGGUUCAGCUCUGCAAGGACCGAUUUGAAUAUCUCUCUUUUUCUCCCACCACUCCGAUGAGCAGCCAUGGCCGAGUUCUGUCUCUGUUGAUGGCUAUGCUGCUUUCCUGCUGUGGAUUAGCGGUUAUCUGCUGUGUCACAGGCUACAUCCAUGGGAUGCACACAUUGGCUUUCAUGGCUGUGGAGUCUCUUCUUGUCACAGUGAGGACUGCUCAUGUGAUUUUACGAUAUGUAAUCCACCUUUGGGACCUCAAUCAUGAAGGGACGUGGGAAGGGAAGGGAACGUACGUCUAUUACACAGAUUUUGUCAUGGAGCUCACUCUCUUGUCCCUGGACCUCAUGCAUCAUAUUCACAUGUUGUUAUUUGGCAACAUCUGGUUAUCCAUGGCCAGCUUGGUCAUCUUCAUGCAGCUGCGUUACCUGUUUCAUGAGGUCCAGCGUCGAAUCCGCCGGCACAAGAACUAUUUGCAUGUCGUUGGCAACAUGGAAGCCAGGUUUGCAGUUGCAACUCCAGAGGAGCUAGCUGUCAAUAAUGAUGACUGUGCCAUUUGCUGGGACUCCAUGCAGGCUGCAAGGAAGCUGCCAUGUGGCCAUCUCUUCCACAACUCCUGUCUUCGUUCCUGGCUAGAACAAGACACCUCCUGCCCAACAUGCAGAAUGUCUCUGAACAUCACUGACAAUAAUCGUGUCAGGGAGGAUCAUCAAGGAGAGAACUUGGAUGAGAAUUUAGUUCCUGUCGCAGCCGCUGAAGGCAGACCUCGCUUAAACCAACACAACCACUUCUUCCACUUCGAUGGGUCCCGGAUUGCAAGUUGGCUGCCGAGUUUUUCAGUUGAAGUGAUGCACACCACCAACAUUCUAGGCAUCACGCAGGCAAGCAACUCCCAGCUUAAUGCAAUGGCUCAUCAGAUUCAGGAGAUGUUUCCCCAGGUCCCAUACCCGCUCGUGCUGCAGGACCUCCAGCUGACACGCUCAGUUGAAAUAACCACAGACAACAUUUUAGAAGGACGGAUUCAAGUACCUUUUCCCACACAGCGGUCAGAUGGCAUUAGACCUGCAUUGAACAAUCCCAUGGAAAGGCCAAACAGUGACCUGGAGGAGGGAGAAACUUCUGCCCAGGCGGAGCGUGUGCCACUGGCUCUCAGCCCUCGGCUGGAGGAGGCACUGGACUUCAGUGAGGUGGAGGCGGAGCCCAGUGAGGGGGAAGACUUUGAGGCCCGGGGGAGCCGCUUCUCCAAGUCUGCCGAUGAGAGACAGCGCAUGUUAGUCCAGCGGAAGGACGACCUCCUGCAGCAGGCGCGGAAGCGUUUCCUGAACCGAAGUUCUGAAGAUGACUCGGCCUCAGAGAGCUGCCUGGCCUCAGAAGGCACAACCUCCGACCCUGUGACCCGACGUCUAAGGAUGCGGACGGCGGGGGCCUCAGAAGGCACAACCUCCGACCCCGUGACCCUACGUCGAAGGAUGCUGGCGGCUGCCGCAGAACGGAGACUUCAGAAGCAGCAGACCUCCUAGCGCUCCCGGCCUUCCUCAGCCACCUCCGCCCGAGCAGUGCGCCCCCUGGAGAGGCCUGUUCUCAUCCCGCCUGCUGUCUGAAGUGGGCUUGACUGCAUUGCCGCUGUAUAAAGCAUGUGGUCUUACUAGUGUUUGGACAGCUGACAAAUGUAAUCCUUUUUUGUAAUCCUUUCUAUGUGACAUUUCUUCUCCCCUUAGAAACACUGCACAUUUUAACUCUGGGCAUGAUCUCUUCUGGCAUCGACUGGACUUCUUGGGGAUGGGGAAGAUCAGGAGGGCGUGGGCAGCCAGAGUCUCUCAGGCCGGCAGCUGAUUACUGCUUUAUGCAUAAGUCACAAUGAAUGCCGGUGUCUCAGCUCCAAAUCUGGCAGGAAGUGUGGGGGUUGGGGGGUAGGACUCAUGAAGAGCUGACAUGUACAGUGGGAGCUGACUCCACACCACAGGAGAGUCUCUGCCAAAUGCUGUUCUUGUCAGGAAGUGUUCAGAAUGUUGCAGGGGCCGGACCCCUGGGCUCCUGGACCCCUGGGCCCUCAGGGCAUCUUGGAAAAACGACUCUUGGUUUGAUAUCUGGAGUAGCCCAGGGCUAGAAUGUGAGCACGUGACCCAUGUGCCCCAGAACAUCCAGGACUUCCUUUCUGAGUCCCAGUCAAAGCUGGUUUUAUUUCCGUUUUCGCUGGUGCUCCUGCGUCUCACGAGUUUACCCUGUGUGUGUGUCCUCUCCUCUCUGCAUGUCACUGCCCCCAGAUGUGGGGGGUGUGUGUGGGCAGCACUGAAGGGGUUGAGCAGCAGCUUUAGCUUAUGGUUUGAAUUCCUUGGCCGAGUCAAUACCGAAGGCUGUGGAUUUGGUCCUUGGAGAAAAUGGUCCUUGGAGAAAAUGUGGGCUUUACAAGAUGGAGAGGACUCUCUGGAGGGCUUUGCUGGAGAAAUAAAAGAUACCUUUUCUAUCUUCUCUGGAGCCCUCAUUUUCAUAACUGUGUUCCUGUUGGUGUAAUUAGACGUGGGAAGGCAAGAUGCUGCAUCCACCUGCUUGGAGCAGACCCAGGUCCUGACCCUUUUCAGAUUCUUCACACAUUUAACUUUAAGGAUUUGAAACAUGCAGUGAUAGGUUACAUAGUUCAGUUUUAUGUCCUUUCGGAUUAAGUUUUUUUAAAUGUUUGAAAACAGUUUUACAGUAGUCCUUUGGGGGAGAAUCCAGUAUUACCUAAAAUUAUUGGCAAAGUUAAAUGUAUUUUAAACGGAAAGUUUUUAGAAUGUUGAAAAGUAAUUGAAAAAAGUGAUGAGUGAAUGUUUAGGCCAAGAUAAUUUAUUUCAGUAAAUUUUUCAAAAGCCUUACCUUUGAAAUGCUGUUAGUAAAUUUCUGUGAUUUUUUAAAAAGAAAAUGUGUUUUGUUUUGCUGAGAGCAUAGUUAUUUGUUUUUAUUGUAAAACAAUAAUAAUAAUAAAAAGCAAACCCUAUUCUUAGUGUGCUGUGUGUGGCUGGAAGCUAAGGCUGGUUUUUUCAGAGGUGCCACUGUUGGAUUCUUUUUUGAUUUUGUGUGUACCAUUUUGGCUGGAGGGUUUUUUCCAUCCUUAUACUCUGCAGGCUGUGCUCAUUAAAAAUGGCAUUAAAUGUU